AUUCGCUCCUCCUGACUUGUUCCCAUAACGUCACUUAUGCUUCGUUUGCGUGAUCACAUAUGUGAGACCAGAGGAGACCGCAAAGCACUGAAAUCUUGUAUCGAUAUCCACAGUCUGACGGCCCAAACCCCGCCGCCAUGGCUACGCUUAACGUUAGUCUUGAUACUAUAACCCUCUCUACCACGGGCAAUCUUACUCCAUCGCCUAUCGCCCGAGAUAUCUGGAUUUUUCUGGCUCAUUACGUUCAAUUCAUGAUUGGCUACGUCAAACUCUACACAAAACUUCAACUAGCCAUUAGACCAUCUGCAUACUUGCUUGCCGAGAGAUUGCGUGAUGGAGCUUCAUGCUUGCCUGCUUCAAGAUGAGUAUCUAAAUGAGCUCUCUCGGGCCUGCAAUCAUCCCUUAAAGGUUCUUCGAUUGCCAGAAAAAGACGAGCAACUAUAACUUGCCUCCCAGCGAUCAAACUUCUUUAUCGGCAAGAUGGGCUCGGACAACGUUCACGACAUUCUCGUGGACACAGCUCCCGUGGGGGACGACACCAAGAAAACGCUAGUCGCUGCAGUGGCAUCGGGCUCAUCAACAUCCUCCCUCGAGCUUUCUGCUGUGCGGCGGGUAAAGUGCGACGCUGCAUUCGACACUUCGGAGGACCCCCGGCUUUACAAGCCCAUCCCAGAGUAUGAGGGCAUCCACCGAUGGGAUCCCUACUUUGAGUGGACAGAGGCCGAAGAAAAGGCUCUCAUCAAGAAGAUUGACUGGCGAAUUUGCACGUUUGCAUGCGUGACCUUCUUCGCGCUCCAACUCGACAGAGGCAAUGUCGUCCAAGCUAAUUCAGACUCUAUGCUAGAGGAUUUGGGGAUGAACACCAAUGAUUACAACAACGGACAGACGAUCUUCCUCCUCACAUUCUUGUUUGCCGAGCUACCGUCGCAAUUGCUCUCCAAGAAGGUCGGACCAGACCGCUGGAUUCCUUUUCAAAUGGUUUCAUGGAGUUUGGUCGCUGCAUGCCAGGCAUUUUUGAAGAACAGGACUGGAUACUUCAUUUGUCGAGCCCUUCUUGGAUGUUUAGAGGGUGGAUUCAUUGCGGAUACUAUCCUAUUCCUGUCCUUUUUCUACAAGUCCAAGGAGUUGCCAGUGAGACUCAGUUACUUCUGGGUCUCCUACCAAGCCACUUCAAUUGUUAGCGCUUUCCUGGCGGUUGGCUUUCUUCAUAUCCACAAUUCUGACGGUAAAGGUGGCUGGCGGUACCUCUUCGCGUUUGAGGGUCUCAUCACUGGAGUCAUCGGAAUCAUCGCUGUUUUCUGGAUGCCUGCUUCACCGACGCAGACCAAGGGAGGCUUCCGGGGCAAAGAUGGCUGGUUCAAUGAGCACGAAGAGAAGAUUCUCGUCAAUCGCGUGCUGCGUGACGAUCCCAGCAAGGGGAGCAUGCACAAUCGUCAGGCUGUAUCGCUCAAGAUGCUUUGGACCGCUCUCUGCGACUACGAUAUGUGGCCGAUAUACUUGAUUGGUCUUACAUGGAUGAUUCCUAACACACCCGCAACGAGCUAUAUCACCCUCGAGCUCAAAUCACUCGGCUUCGGUACCUUCCAAACGAACCUUCUUACCAUUCCUGCCUAUGUCAUCUUCAUCAUCAACCUUCUCUUCUGGACUUGGGUCUCCGAGCGCUUCAACCAGCGGUUGCUGCUUGGUCUUGUGUAUGAAGUAUGGGCCCUGGUUUUGCUCAUUGCACUAGUCGCCUUGCCGGACGAGGCUAGCACAUGGGGACGAUGGGUUAUUCUUAUCUUGUUGAUCGGCGCACCCUAUAUUCAUGCCGUCAUUGUGGCCAUGACGUCCAGAAAUGCAGGCUCGGUCCGAACACGCACGGUGGCUAGCGCUGUGUACAAUAUGAUGGUGCAAGUGUCUAACAUUAUUGGCAGUCAAAUCUAUCAAGAGAAAGACAAACCGUACUACCGUACCGGCAAUAAGGUGCUGAUCGCCAUAGCGGUGUGGAGUAUGCUCACAUUCGUUGGAGCCAAGCUCUACUACAUGUGGCGUAACAUACGCAGGGCCGCCAUAUGGGACGCUAUGUCCAGCACCGAGAGAGAGGCAUAUCUGGCCGAUGUCGCCGACAAAGACCUUGGAAACAAACGUCUCGACUUCCGCUUCACCCACUGAACCGAACUCCUGUAUAUACCUAACGAACCAUCUGCACAUGCCGGUUGCCAGAGCGAUCAUGUGGCUCAAUUGACUGCUAAUGACCUUAAAAAUAGAUGAUGAAUAGAUUAGCAUCUUAUACAGACCAGCAUCUUUGAUGACUCAUGUCAUAUAGAGCUUAUAAUUCAAUACCAG